AUAGGUGUGUGAUACUUCCUAUCAGGCACAACGAAAAAUUGAGCCUCAUGUAGAUAAUUUAUCAGAACUUAAGAAAAAAGAUAAAAUUUUGUUAUAAAAAUAAAAACGCUUGUGUUAUUACCUUAGCCGUUCCUUCAGUGAGCUAUAUCUGUACUUUCUCAUCAAAAUGUCGAAGCCUAUUGUGGGAUACUGGGAUAUUCGUGGACUGGCUGAACCUAUUAGAUAUCUUCUUCACUUCAAGAAUGUAGACUUUGAAGAUAAAAGGUAUCCACCAGGUGAUCGUUCAACUUGGGAAAAAGUCAAAUUCUCUCUAAACUUGGAUUUCCCUAACCUGCCCUACUACAUCGAUGGUAAUAUAAGAUUGACUCAAAGCAACACCAUCCUGAGGUACCUAGCUGGGAAAUAUGGACUUGAUGGGAACACUGAAGAGGAGAAACUUCGAGUUUCUUUGGCCGAACAGCAGAUAACUGAUUUCCGUGACAGCUUCAUCAAUGUUAUCUACAAUGAAAACUUUGAAAAGCUAAAACCAGAAUUCCUCCCUAAAGUUCCAGCACAACUGAAAUUAGUUGAGAAUUUCCUUGGAAACAGAAAGUACUUAGCAGGCGACACACUUACCUAUGUUGAUUUCAUGGCUUAUGAUACCCUCGACUUCUAUCUAUAUCUCAUUCCUAAUGUUCUUGCCGACUUCCCAGCUUUGAAAGAUUAUCACCUAAGGAUUCGAAACUUACCAGAACUUCAAGGCUAUCUCAAGUCAUCAACCUAUACGCGGUGGCCCAUUUUCUCACCAGUGGCUCAGUUUGGAGGCAAAGGACCAGAACCUAAGCAAGAAUGAAAAGACAAUAUUUGAAUUAUGAAUGCGGUAAAAAAAAUUUUGAACUGCUGAUUUAUUUUAACAUAUUUAUAAUUUCUCAAAAAGUUAAAAAUAUUAAAACAUAGAAGUUUUUUUAUUAUGACUGCAGCAUUUUAAUAUUAUUAUUUGACAGUAUGUGAAAUUAUAAAUUCUGUAUCAAAAUGAAAAAUCUGUACCACUUUAAGAACAAUGUGUAAUAGUUUCAUAAUAAAAUACCAUUUCGUUUCUUU